UCUGUUUAUGUUUAAACCAGAACAGGCAACGGUCCACCACGAUUAAUUUGACUAUUAAAAAAUAUUAUCGGCCUCUUUUUAUUAUUUUUGAAGCACCGUAUUUACGAAAGACGAAGUCUACUGCUUGAUGAAGUGUGUUAACGGUAUUUGCUCUUCACACACCUCAUCAUGUUGCCUUCGAGGACAAUGACAUCCAAACCGUCUUCUAAGACGACUGCAGCUACAGCGUCAAAGAUCAAAAACAAGCUUCUCAACACAUCAUCCUUCUACAAAGUCUCCCUGAAGAACAACAACAAAGCCCUGGCUGUUGCUUUGGCGAUGCAGAAGGAGAGGAGCCGGCAGCUGGAGAAGGAUAUCAUCUUCCUUCAGAAACAAGUGGAGGCUCUGUGCUUUGAGUUGGCCACGAAAAAAUACAAACACAGGAAACUGCUCUUCAUCUUGAAAAACCUCCACAGCAACACUCUGCAGCACUUGGACAUGGUAGCUGACUUGUUCUCUGACAGUGAGCUUCCCAAACUCUCUGAAGAAGCGACAACCUCAUCUAGUGACUUAAACCGAGAAAAUCUUCUAACGGAAAAUCCCACAAUUCAGUUACUCCCCCAACUAGAGAUUUCAGAGCCUUUGAAAACAGCAGAUUUACUUGGGAAAAACAACAGGGAAAAUGUCUCCAGUAUCCGAAGCCGGCUGCAUUUACCUCCUGAUAUUUACACUGAUAAAAUAAAUGCUGAAAAAGGCAAGCACGAACAAACUCUCCAGAUCGAUAUGCCUCAGCCCUGCAGCGUUCAGGAGGAAGUAGAUCAGCUUUCAAGGAAAAUCUCUCAGUCUGGGUUUGAUAUGAAGUCAGUUCCUUUUCCACAGGACAGCCAGACCCCUUCAGCUUUAAGCCUAAAUGAAAUACCUUCACCUCUCUCCAGCAAUGCUCCCCUUUCAAGCUGCCCAGUCAUGGAACCCAAACCAGAAACCAGCAACAAGCAGGAUAAGACCGUACUUCUGAACACGACAAUGGAGAUGACGCUGAGUAAUUCUUUUGAGAUUGUCACUGUGGAAACAAAGGCGAAGAAGGCUGGUCACACUGGCAAACCAAAAAUCAAGAAGAAGAAGGAACAAGCCUCAAAUGUGGCUGAAAAUCCACAAGUUACGUGCUCUGUGGAUUCCAAGUCAAGUGACGAUCAGAUUUCUACCAGUGGUACUUUAUUACAGACAGAAGACCAUGAACAUGAGAGUGUUAAAGACCCAGAGAUCCCAGAGCCUCAUACUCUAAAAUCACAAAGUAACAGUGUCGCUUCUUCUCGCAUUCCCAAAUUGAGCAAGUCAGAAACAGGAAGCAAUCAGAAAAAGGCAAAGAAGAAAUUAAAAGCAAACGAUACAACAAAGCCUAUAACAGACUCUGCUGAUGUUCUACCAGAUGUGGACGAUAUUUUUAUGGAUCCUGACGUUAGACUCUUCAAAGCCAGAGAAAAUCUUAGAUUACCAUCAGAGGACAAUACUGCAGAGGAAACCAGGCCCAACAUCACCUGCAGGAGGUCCAGGACUAAAGGGAGGAGGAUGUCCUCAUUGAACAGGAGAAGUUUUUCCAUGAUGCCGUCGCAUGAAAGUGAGAUCAGACGGUCUGAGUUUGAACAGAUCAGAGAUGAAGUAGAAAAUAAAAUUGAGGGAAAAUAUGGAGCGUGCAAAGACUCAGAUCUACCAGAAGAGCUUAUGUUUUGUACUGAUGAGGCUGCACUCCCAGCUCCUGGAGAUGUUUUGAAUGAAGAACAGAGAAAAGAAGUCACGACAAACUCUGCCAGAAUUCCCAAACCAAAAUGCAGGGGGACUUUUGUGAUAUCAGUCACCAGAGAGACCAGCUUACCAAGCAGAGUUUCACCAAAUGUCACAGAGCGGGACGUGCUUGCAGGAUCCUUCGUCUGUGAUGAAGAAGAAGCAGAUGUUAUGCAAUUACCAGAGUCAAGCCCACACGGGCAAAACGAUGAAAUCAGUGUCCAGAUGACUCCAAGCUCAUGUAAGCGCCCUUGGGUUGCUACUCAAGAUUCAGAGAGCUUGGACGAGAAUUUAAGUGGCAUUGAAAACCAGAACGUACUGCCACUGGAGCAGGACUGCUCAUCUGAAUCUGAGUUUCGGAAACCGAAAAAAGCUAGAAGAGAGGAAAUGAAACAGUCCAGUAAAAAGAAAGCUGUGCAGAGGGAGGAGUGUGUUGAACAUGUAGUAAAAAGGAAGCAGAAGGCUAAAGGAAGCCACAAAGCAUUUACGACAGAGGAUGUUGGGGAAAAGAAAGAUGACUCACUUCUUGAUGACAGCGAUACUGAAAGAAAACAAGACCAAGAUGUUGACAACAUCUUUGAGCAAUUAUUUCCUGUAAAACCAAAAAAAUCAAAGUCCAAGGAGUUAAAUCCAAAACAGAAGAGGAAGACAUCCAAGCUGCAGAGCAGAAAUCUUAGGGAGACGUUUGUUGUCUAUAAUGGGUCAUACAGAGAUGAUGCUUCACCAAAAAUCUCCAGGACCUCCGAUGUGCCAAAUUCUUACUGCAACAUGGUGAGUAGGAGCGAAACGUCAGGCCAUCAAGAUCUUGAAGACUUACUGACAGAUGAGAUGCCUCCAUGGCUGGCCGUAGAUGUGAGCACUGCAGAUACUGAGGUGAGCUCUUUACCUGCGACCCCCUGGAGAGAAACAUUGAGCCGGGCAGUGCUGAUUGAGGAGUCUGCAGCUGUCACAACUGAAGGUUCUUCAGCAGGUAGAGUCUUAAAAUCACUGACCAACACCAUCUCAACUCCAGACAGUGAAGCCGGAGGCAGAACGAGGAGACGACACGGUGUGGUCAGUUAUAAAGAGCCGGCCCUCAACAGUAAAAUCAGGCGUGGAGAUAAAUUCACUGACAGCAUGUUCCUGAGCUCUCCAGUAUUUAAGGACAGUAAGAAGAAGAGAACAAAGAAGAACGGAAACAACACAAAGACAGAACUACCUGUCACUGAGGACUGAUCAUAACCUUUAUUUGUUUUAUUGAAGUUUUCAUCUUCACCAGCAUUCAGAUCUAACUAACACAUGUAAACCCCACUUUACACAACUUAGACAUUGAAACUUGACCCGAAUGUUCUGCUCGGUAAUGUGUGUCAGUGAUUGACAGGAGGUUAACUCUUUAAUGAUUCAUUACGAGCCAGUUAUCUGAGACGUCUGCUCCACAUCCCCGUUAAUGUCUCAUGUUCCUCACAAAGGAUGACGGAGUCUGUGUAUCCUGACAGCAAACGACUGUUUAAGGUUUUUUAUCAGGAUGUAAACUCAUGUGGACUGUUUAAGAGUUUUGUGGUGAGUAGUGAUGAUCGUAUGUUGACUUUUUAAAUUUUGUUAUUAUUGAUUAAAAUGUCAUGUUUUACAUUAAAGAUGUUUUCAUCA